UUUGGUUUUUACUUGAUGAGGUCAUUCAUUGGACGCCUCUUAUCUGUCAACUAUGUUUAUCAAUGAAGUGGUCUAAUUAUAUAAAUUUUAUGUUAAUAAUCCAGUGAAUUUCGGUGGGAUUUAUUUAUAGAUUAGAGUUUUAGCUUGAAACGAAGAGCAUAGUACCUGCAACAAAUCAAUAAGUGAUUUUAAUGUUGUGCCUUUUAUUGAAGACAUAUUAACUAGUUUCAUAAGACACCGCAAAGUUGUUUAGGUAAAAUAAUCAAUUACAAAAGCAGAAUAGAAUGGAGAAUAAUACAGCUGAGUCGUCGUCCUCACGUCCGCGAUGGCAAACACUUAUCAGACAGAAUUCUGAGAAGAUUGGGACAUUCGCUGAAGCUGCGGUAUUGCCAAUAAAUAAACGAAGUGUUCAAAGAUCUGACGCGUUUGACGAUGUAACAAUCCGAAAUGUUGAAUCUGAGGGUCCGGUGUUGCCUACAUUCACCGUAAAGAGUGCACCGAUCAAUCGAAAGAAAUAUUUUCCAAUAUUUAUGAUUGGUAUCUCUAUCAUUGAAGUAUGGCUAAUGUAUCACGUAGAUAACGAUCUUUUGGUUAUGAUAUUCGGAUUCGAUCCACAUCGUCGCCAUGAAAUUUGGCGAUUCUUUACGAUUAUGUUGACUCACACAGGACAGCCACAUCUCUGGGGCAAUGUGAUUUUCCAAUUGAUUCUCGGUGUUCUUCUUGAAAUUGUGCAUGGUUGGAAACGUAUCGGUAUAAUCUACAUCGCAUCCGUACUUGGUGGAUCGUUGUUUAUUACGGUACUGAAUCCUCAAACGUAUGCUGUUGGUGCUUCAGCUGGUGUUUAUGGACUGCUGUUCUCACAUCUGUCUACCAUAAUAAUAAAUUGGAACGAAAUGGACAGAAAGUGCUGUCGAGUAUUUUGGCUCUUGGCCUAUCUAAUCUAUGACAUUGGCUAUAGUGUGUAUGUGGACGUGAUCAUCAAUAGAGAUUCGAAUACAAGCCAUGCCGGUCAUUUGGGUGGUGCGAUAACGGGGUUUUUGGUGUCAAUUUUUGUGCUAAAAAAUUUCGAAAAACAUCCAUGGGAAGAGAAAAUGCAAAAGGUCUGUGUGAGACUCAUCAUAGCUCUUGCUGUUAUUAUUAUCAUAAUCAACGUGGCCGCAUGGGGUCUGUAUGCUCCAACGGAGUUCAAUUUCAGUUACUUAGACACCUACGAAAAAUAUAUUUUUAAAAUGACUAUGGAGAGACCAGAUGAUGCUGAGCUUCGUAGCGCAUGUGAAGAAAAUGAACAUUGUAAGCGAUUGCUGGACGAACAGAACUUUAACGGCACAAUCAGCGGUACUUAAAAUAAUGACUGUACAACGAAAAGACUACUAUUAGACUUAAGCCUUACUUUUCAUAUCACCGCAAGUGUCUUCUUCGAAGUGCCUCGAAAAUAUGAAUUAGGAAAGCCUAUUGAACUUUGUGAUUGGCUUCCCAUUGUUUACUACAUUAUCGUAUAUUUAUGUACAUACUUACUACAGAUUCUGUAGUACAGAAUGAAAUAAAUAUUUUUUAUCCAGUCACAAAAGUGCAUGCAAACUUAACUAUCGAUUAAGGACUGAUGGUUGGUUUGACCACAAUUUUUUUUUUUUCAAUAAAUGAUGCAAUUUUUAAACGUCAACCAUAAGCUUACGUUUUUACAAA